CUCCAGAGUCAGGAAAUUCCACGCAGAAAAAGAAAAGCGAGGCGCGGUUUUUAUUUCUCUCUUCAACUUUGGUUCUUUAGAAUACACUACUAGAAUUAUCCUUCAAUAUCAUGGGACAGACACUUUCUGAGCCAAUAGUUGAAAAGACCUCACACAAGGAGAAGAACAAGGAACUCAUGUAUGGUGUUUCUUGCAUGCAAGGGUGGCGUUUGACUAUGGAAGAUGCGCAUACAACCCUUUUGAAACUCGAAGACUCCGAUACAAGUUUCUUUGGCGUGUAUGAUGGACACGGAGGAUCGACGAUUGCUCAAUAUACAGGACAAGCAUUGCAUUUGAAAUUACACGAGAGUGAACAUUUCAAGAAAAAGGAGUAUAAAGAAGCCUUGAAAGAUGCGUAUUUGUCGUUGGACAAAGAGCUGAAAGAAGACCAAAACUUUGCUUAUGACCCUUCUGGAUGUACAGCUGUUUCUGUGCUUGUGACACCCGAUAAGAAACUGUAUUGUGCCAAUGCUGGGGAUUCCCGAGCAAUUAUCAGCGUCAAGGGCAAGAGCAAGGCUUUGUCUUAUGAUCAUAAACCCGUGGAUCCGUUGGAGUCGGAGCGUAUCAUUUCAGCUGGCGGUUUCGUGGAAUACGGGCGUGUGAAUGGAAAUCUGGCUCUUUCGCGUGCCAUUGGCGAUUUCGAAUUCAAGCAAAGUGAAGAUCUUCCUGCUGAAGAGCAGAUCGUUACAUGUAAUCCCGACAUCAUUGAGCAUGUGAUCACGGACGACGACGAAUUCUUCGUUUUGGCUUGUGACGGUAUCUGGGAUUGUAUGACGAAUCAACAAGUGGUCGAUUUCAUUUGCAAUGAAAUUAUCAAGCGUACUCCGUUGGACGAGAUCUGCGAAUCUGCCAUGGAUCACUGUUUGGCACCGGACAGUGGGGUUGGCAAUGUGGGAUGCGAUAACAUGUCUAUCAUGAUCAUUGCUAUGCUUAACGGCAAGACCGAGGAUGAAUGGUACGAUUGGAUGAUCGAACGCAUAUCGAAGAACAAAAAGACGGACGCUUUGGGCAACACGAUUUCCUCCGAAUCUGAAAACGAAGAAGGUCAAGACGCCAAGGAGAACGAUUUAAAAGAUACGAAUAAGGAAGACAAGAAAGACGAAGGCGGCGACAGCAAGCUCCGUGAAGAGACUCCAAAACGAUUCGAAGUCUUGGAAAAGCUAUCUGAUACCGAUAAUGAUGAUGGAACGACUCCCUCCACGCUUAUCAAUGCAGCAUCGGACGACACUGUAAAUGACAACAAGAACUAAUCAUCGAGAUGAAUGUUGAUAUUUUACCACUUCCCGUUCGCCAAAGAACGAACGGCUGACAGUAAUCUUUCUUCUUUUUUCGUUGUAUUUAUUUUCUUACUUUUUCUUUUUCUUCUGUCUCUUUUUCUCUUUUUCUCUUUUUUUUCUUUUCUCCUCUUUUUUCUUUUUAACUGUUUCCCAUGGUUGAUUAUCAUUCGUCAUGAU